GGAACACAACAUUUGACAAUCUCAGGGCAACAGAGCGGCAGCAUGGAUGCACUCAAGCCACCUGGGCGUGCAAAGGAACACAAUGAAGGAAAUGACUGCAAAAUGCAAAAAGGAACUCCUGCAGACUCGACCCUGGCGCUGGUGGACGAUGCCCGGCCAGAGGAGGAAGACCCUUGGGAUCUACCUGAGCUGAAAGACACGGGGGUGCCAUGGUCAGCUUUGGACACAAAAGGGAAGGUGCUGCGGGUGUUGGUGUCAGUGGUGAAACUGGCUGUGCUGCUCGGCCUCCUCUACAUGUUCAUCUGCUCCCUAGACAUCCUGAGCUCAGCCUUCCAGCUUGUAGGAGGAAAAGCAGCAGGCGACAUUUUCCAGGACAAUGUUGUCUUGUCCAACCCUCUGGCUGGUCUGGUCAUUGGCGUCCUGGUCACGUUACUGGUUCAGAGCUCAUCAACUUCAUCCUCCAUUGUUGUCAGCAUGGUCUCCUCUGGAUUGCUAACAGUCCAGCUAGCUGUUCCGAUCAUCAUGGGCACUAACAUCGGCACCUCGGUCACCAACACAUUGGUUGCCAUGACGCAGGCAGGGGACCGCAGUGUCUUUCGCAGGGCGUUUGCGGGGGCAACGGUGCACGACUUCUUCAACUGGCUGUCGGUUCUGGUGCUGCUGCCUCUAGAGGUCGCCACCGGCUACUUGUACGAGGUCACCAAGCUCAUCAUCGACUCGUUCCAAAUCCAGAGCGGAGAGGCCCCCGACCUGUUGAAUGUCAUUACUGAUGUCCUCACGGAUUCCAUUAUAAAGCUGGACAAGUCUGUCUUAAGCGAAAUAGCCACCGGAGAUCCAACAGCCCGGAAUAAAAGCCUCAUCAAGAAAUGGUGCAAAACUUACACCAACACGAGCACAGUAAAUGUCACCGUUCCUGGUCCAGAGAACUGCACCUCUUCAUCAAUGUGUUGGACUGACGGCAACUACACCUUCACACUCAAGAACAUUUCACAGACGUACAACAUCAAGAAAUGUGAUCACCUUUUCGUCGACGUGAACUUGUCCGACCUGGCUGUGGGUUUGAUCCUUCUGGCUCUCUCUCUGCUGGUGUUGUGCUCCUGCCUGUUGCUUAUAGUCAAGUUGCUCAACUCCAUGCUCAAGGGUCAAGUGGCCAUGAUCAUCAAGAAAAUACUGAACACUGAUUUCCCAUUCCCCUUUGGUUGGGUCACGGGAUAUAUUGCCAUUUUAGUCGGAGCGGGAAUGACGUUCAUCGUGCAAAGCAGCUCUGUUUUUACCUCUGCUAUCACUCCACUUGUUGGUAUUGGCGUCAUCAGCAUACAGAGAGCCUAUCCGUUGUCUCUCGGUUCCAACAUCGGCACCACGACCACAGCCAUCUUGGCCGCCAUGGCCAGUCCAGGAGACACUUUGGGUAACGCCCUGCAGAUUGCCCUCGUACACUUUCUGUUCAACAUCUCUGGCAUUAUUCUGUGGUAUCCGAUUCCAUUCACCCGAUUCCCCAUCCGACUGGCCAAAGCCUUGGGGAACAUCACGGCCUCCUACCGCUGGUUCGCCGCAGUCUACAUCAUCUUCUGCUUCUUCCUGCUGCCGCUCCUCGUCUUCAGUCUGUCACUGGCUGGAUGGCAGGUCCUGGUGGGCGUGGCCUGCCCUCUCGUAGCCUUUCUCAUCAUCAUCGUCGUUAUCAACGUGUUGCAGAAGAGGAAGCCCGAGUGUCUGCCGGCCGCAUUGCGGUCUUGGGACUUCCUCCCUCUUUGGGCGCAUUCUCUGGAACCCUGGGACAAAGUGGUGGGUUUGAUCACCGCCAAAUGUUGCUGCUGCUGCAAAUGUUGCAAAGGUGAUGAGGAUAAAGGGCAAGACAACAAGAAGGGCCAUACAGAAGCCUACGAUAACCCUGCAAUGUAUGCAGACAGGGAAAAUGUGUGCAGUGUGAAAAUGACCAAACUUUGAGUUUCCCCCGACUAGGUACUUGAUUGCACAAGAUUAACUUUAUUAUUUAUGUCCUCCCAAAAUUAUUUAUUGUAAUGUGAGAGCGACGAUGGACCAACUGUGAGCUGAUUCUAGCAAAUGUCUAACUGUAAUGUAAAAAAAAAAAAACAACAGUACAAAUUAUUUUAUUUAAAUUGUAAAUUUCCCCAGUGUGGGACGAAUAAAGGAUAUCUUAUCUUAAAUACCAUAUCGCUGCGCAACUUUAAAUCAUACUUUCAUUUCCAACUGUGUUUCUAUAUUUUCAGCAGCCUUCAUCAUUCGUAUCUUGUAGAGUUUUUCAUUGUGAAGAGAGAAAAACAAUGCAGCGACCUUGCUCACACAUUGUUUCAAAGUGUGAAAAGAUGUUGUAAUAAUAAAAAGUGAUUAUAUUCAAAGAAUAUGUUGUCUGAACUUAGAUGCAUGUCCAUCUAAAUAAACUUUUUCAGCUUGAA